AUGAAUAGUAGCGCUUUAGGGAUCGUGGUCGUCACUUGGCUCACGCUAUUUAUAAAGAUUAUACGUACGAAAACACAUAGUAAGGAACAAAUGGAUGAACAUAAAAUUGUGCCCGAUGUGUUAGAUAACGUACCACCAAAUGUUAUCCAGAUAUCAUACCCGAGCGGACAGACCGUAGAGUUGGGCAAUGAGUUGGCGCCCAAACAAGUGAAACACGUGCCGAGUCUGCAGUGGCCGGCAGUCGCCGGAGCGCUCUAUACGCUGUGUAUGACAGACCCGGACGCGCCCUCCCGUGCAAAGCCCACACACGGAGAGUUCAAACACUGGUUGGUUGUGAACAUACCCGGCACUGACAUAAAGGCCGGCAAAACACUGGCCGACUAUUUAGGCUCCGGUCCGCCACACGGGUCAGGCUUUCAUCGACAACCGACCGGUGCUUUGGACUGCAAUGACCGGUGCGUUUCGAGUAGGGAUCUGGAGGGCCGGCGAUCAUUUAAAAUACGUGACUUCGCCCGUAAGCACGGGUUGGGCAAACCCGUGGCUGCAAACUUCUACCUUGCUAAAUGGGACAGUUAUGUACCACAACUGUACGCCCAGUUUGCCAUCGCUAUGGCUCGCAAACGGUGUACUAUUGUAUAA